AUGUCUAAUUUUAACCAUAAUGGUAACUUAAGUGAACAAAUUACAACAAUGAAUCUUAAUGAAAAAUCCUUAACUAAUGAUGAAAACCAAAAUAACAUAGAGAUUAGUAACACGAACUCUUUUUAUGAACCAGCCAAAUUUAUUGAUGAACAACGCUUAGAAAAAAUUAAAAAUGCAUUACCAACUAUCGAAAAACUUUUUGAAAAAGAAUUCCAAACAAAUCAUUUUCCUGGUCUUAUCUAUGGACUAAUAGUUGAUGGACAAUUGUUAAACUCUCAUAGUUUUGGUUAUAUAGAUCUUGAACGAAAAAUACCAAUUACUACAAAAUCAUUAUUUCGUAUUGCAUCGAUGACAAAAAGUUUUACUGCUAUGGCUAUUAUAAAACUUCGUGAUGAUGGUAAACUUCGUCUUGAUGAUUCUAUUUAUCAAUAUGUUCCUGAACUUAAAACAACUAAUUUAUUAACAACUGAUGCACCAAUAAUUACGAUUCAUCAUCUAUUAACUCAACAUGUUGGUAUGCCAGAAGAUGAUCCAUGGGCAGAUCGACUAUUAGCUUUACCUGAUAGCGAAUUCUUAGCAAUAUUAACAAAAGGCAUUAGUAUGUCAAAUCCACCUGGUACUAUAUGGGAAUAUACAAAUCUUUGUUUUACAAUAUUAGGUAGAAUUAUUACAGUUGUAUCACAAAUAUCUUAUCAAGAAUAUAUUAAACGAGAAAUUCUUGAUCCACUCGAUAUGAAAAAUACAUUCUGGGAAUAUAGUCAAAUUCCAUCGGAAUUAUUAGCUCGUGGUUAUCGUUGGGAAUGUGAACAUUAUUCGGAAGAAAAUCUACUUCAUGAUGGAACAUUUGGUGCUAUGGGAGGAUUAAUUAGUUCAAUUGAAGAUUUUAGUAAAUAUAUAUCAUAUCAUUUACAAGCUUGGCCACCACGUAAUGAUCCCGAAUAUGGACCUAUACGACGAAGUUCAUUACGUGAAAUGCAUCAUCCAUGGAAUUUCAUAGAACUUAAUACAUAUAGACAUCGUCCAUGUCCAGUAGUCUAUGCUUAUUGUUAUGGACUUAUUUGGUCUAAAAAUAACGAUGGAAUUGUAUCUAUUGAUCAUACUGGAGGUUUACCAGGUUUUGGUAGUAAUUGGAUAAUUUUACCUGAACACGGUAUUGGACUUGUCUCAUUUGCUAAUAGAACUUAUGCAGAUUUGGGUAACAUCAAUGCAGUUAUCAUGGAUCAAAUAAUUACACUUGCUGAUUUAAAAUCACGACAAAUGUCUGUUUCGAAAAUGCUUGCUGAAAGAAAACAACAAAUAAUAAAACUUAUUUUAGAGAACAAUUGGAAUAUAAAUGAUUCUGAAAAAUCAAAAAUAUUUGCGGAAAAUUUCUUUCUUGAUCAAACAUUAGAAUUACGAAAAGCAACUUCACAAGAAUUAUUCAAUCAAGCAGGAAAAAUUCUAAAUAUAGGAGAAUUUAUUCCAAAGAAUCAAUUACGUGGUCGAUUUGAAAUUGAAUGUCAACAUGGUAAAAUUCAAAUUAUGUUUAGUUUAUCACCAGAAAAUCCACCAUUGAUUCAAGAAUUAAAAUUAUCAACGAUUAAAUAA